AUGAAAGAAGACUCAGAUGAAGAGUACAUUCCAGCAGUGCUUCGAAGGCCAAAGGUGGCAAACCACACGGUGCACGAGAGUUUCACAGCAGACACUAGAGAUCAUGAGGAUCACACUUUCUCCGGCAUGAUGUUUGACGUGCAGUGCAAGGGUCCAGAAGAAGGCGGCGUUCCUGUGGAGUGCCUAGUGAUCUCUACUGUAGCAGUUCGCGGAGACUUGGGUCCUUUGACAGUGUGGACGACGAAAGGAUCAUAUCAGAGGAAGGAGCACCAGCAAGACAAAUGGGACUGCCUCUAUGAGGCUGAGCAUCCUCCUUCCUAUGAGAAAUACACCCCACUGCGUCUGCGAGCACCCAUUCGACUGCUGCCAGGAGAAAGUUGCGGUUUGUAUGUUCAUUCCAAGCUUCCUGGAGAUGAUGCUUUAGUGUAUGACAACCAGAGAGCACAAGUGACUCACGAGGAUGCCGUCUUCCGUGUGCUGCCAGGCAAAGCUCAUCUCAGCAAUCGACCCUUUGGACGCCAAGGGAUGUGGGGCUUUCCAUGGCGCGACCGACGAGAGUUUGUAGGUAGAAUUUGCUACGGAGUGCGCUAUGUCCUGUGGAACCCCGUGACAGAGAUUCACCAGCGAUUUCCGCCCGGCUUCAAACAGGCAGUGUGGACGAUUCUCCUUUGUGCCCGGAAGCCGGAGUCUCCCUUCUACUGGCUACACGACGAAGUGCUGUUCUAUAUUUUCAAUUUGUGCAAAUACGAUUGGUUCAACUGCAGUACUCCAAAGCGACUGCAAGAGAAAAUGCGUGAUGCGGAAUGCCAACCGCAGGCACUUAGACAUGAUGCAGGGCAACAUGAGCUCUUGCGGCCUUCGAGUUCGGACAGCAGCACGGAGAGUGAAAGCAACAGCAGCCACAUGACCAGCAAUGCGAGUAGCUGGUGA